AGCUUACCCCAUUUCAAGAAGACAAGUGUACAAAACGACCGUCAUUUCAUAAAAUAUGAGAGAAAUUGUUCAUAUGCAAACUGGCCAAUGUGGCAAUCAAAUUGGAGCUAAGUUCUGGGAAGUGAUCUCUGAUGAACAUGGUAUUGACCCAACUGGAACUUACCACGGUGAUUCUGAUCUUCAAUUGGAGAGAAUCAAUGUUUACUAUAAUGAAGCCACCGGUGGAAAAUAUGUACCCAGAGCUGUUCUCGUCGACUUGGAACCUGGUACCAUGGAUUCUGUACGAUCAGGACCAUUUGGGCAGAUUUUCAGACCAGAUAAUUUUGUCUUUGGACAAUCUGGCGCAGGUAAUAACUGGGCUAAAGGCCAUUAUACAGAAGGGGCUGAAUUAGUUGAUUCCGUCCUUGAUGUAGUCCGAAAAGAAGCGGAGAGCUGUGAUUGUCUACAAGGAUUCCAGUUGACCCAUUCUCUGGGUGGUGGAACUGGUUCUGGUAUGGGAACUCUACUCAUCAGUAAAAUCCGUGAAGAAUAUCCAGAUAGGAUUAUGAACACCUUCUCUGUUUGUCCUUCACCGAAGGUAUCUGACACAGUUGUAGAACCAUACAACGCCACCCUUUCAGUUCAUCAACUGGUGGAAAAUACAGACGAGACUUUUUGUAUUGAUAACGAAGCGCUUUAUGAUAUAUGCUUCCGAACCUUAAAGCUAACCACACCUACUUACGGUGACCUGAAUCAUUUGGUAUCCGCCACCAUGUCUGGAGUGACCACCUGUCUCCGAUUUCCUGGUCAACUGAAUGCAGAUCUCCGAAAACUAGCCGUCAAUAUGGUACCAUUUCCACGUCUUCAUUUCUUUAUGCCUGGUUUUGCUCCUCUCACCUCUCGAGGUUCACAACAAUACCGAGCUCUCACAGUACCAGAGCUCACCCAACAAAUGUUCGAUGCCAAGAACAUGAUGGCUGCCUGUGAUCCUCGUCAUGGUCGUUAUCUGACAGUAGCAGCUAUGUUCAGAGGUCGUAUGUCCAUGAAGGAGGUAGAUGAACAGAUGUUGAACAUUCAGAAUAAGAACAGUAGCUACUUUGUUGAAUGGAUCCCAAGCAACGUGAAAUUAGCGGUUUGUGACAUUCCACCAAGGGGACUUAAGAUGUCAGCAACGUUCAUAGGAAACAGCACCGCGAUUCAAGAACUAUUCAAACGCAUUUCCGAACAGUUCACUGCUAUGUUCAGACGAAAGGCUUUCCUCCAUUGGUAUACUGGAGAAGGUAUGGAUGAGAUGGAAUUUACUGAAGCUGAAUCAAAUAUGAAUGAUCUGAUAUCUGAAUAUCAACAGUAUCAGGAUGCUACAGCUGAAGAGGAAGGCGAAUUUGAAGAGGACGCCGAGGAAGAGGAAGCUUAAAACCAUUAUUCUGUUAUAUUUACGCAAAUCGUUCUUUUCAAUUUACGUUCAUUUUUCGUUAUUUAAAAAUAUAUUUGUUGCACACCCCGAGCCGAUUCAAUAUGUACGAAUAGUCUAUUUUGAUUUAGAUAGAUUAAAUAGUAAUAGAAACUAUACGAGUCUGGCAUAUUAUUGCUUUCUUUAUUAUUUAAACUACCUAAAAAAUACAAUGGACUGACAGUGUUAAUGACAAAUAUAUGCUUUAAAAUGCGCAUAUAAGAGAAGUGUACUGGGCCAGUACAUUUGGGAGAAUCAAACCCUUCCUUCACCGAAAUCAAAUUUAAAUUUGAUAAUCAUGUUCGUGUCUUGAAAUUCCCCGAAUGUGCACAAUUAGUAUAGAUCGUUAAAAUCAACGCAUACUAUGCUAAAUAUUAAUAAAAUAUGUUAAUUUCAAACUGGUGUCAUUUUAUUCUCUAACGAAUUUUUGUAGGUGGAUUGAGAUUAUUAUAGUCAAUCUGAUUAAAUACACAUCUUUUUGUCUUAUAUAAAUAUUAUUUUAUAUAAUACACAAUAAAAGGUGAAUGG